CUGCAAAUAGAUGUUAAAUAUGAAGAAUAUAUUAUAAUAAAGGCUAAAUCUUAAAAUGCUCUAAAAAAUACGUACUAGUUUGAAUACAGCAGAUAAGCAGCUUUUUAUUCAAUGUUAUUUAGCCUCUACCAAAUUGUAUAUAUUCAAAUAGAAAUUAAGUGGUUCUUUAGGGUUUUUCAUUUUUUGUUUAUAAUAGCUAUCAACUGGUUUAUACUAGGCAUCAAUUAAUUGGCAAUAAUUAAUGGAAUUUGUUAUUUUAUUUUCAUAGUUAUUUUAUUUUAUUAACUUGAAAUCUCUAAAAAAGAAGAUUCUUUUUAAAUGUAUCGAGUCAUAGAAGACUUUUAAUCUUUAAAAUCUCUAAUUAAUGAUAUACUACCUAUGUAAAUAUUUAUAGUUUAAAGAAAUUCUCAACAAUAACAGCAAAAAUCUAACAAUUCUAACAGUAAUAACUAAGACUCUCAAGGCAAUCAAAUCCCAAAUAAUAUUAUUUAAGAUUAGAUUUAGGAUGAAACAAAUAUUAAAAAAGAAAUAAAAAUCAAUAUUAAAAAAUCAUCAGUUGAUAAAGAAAGCUUGAAUAUAAAUGGAAUCUCAACUGCUGUUAACUCUAACAAGCAAGAAAACUAGCAAAUAUAAAAUUAAUUUAAUUUUUAAAAGAGGAAGGAAAGCUCUUAAAGUGGGAGGAUGAAAGCAAUAAGUACUCACAAAUAGCAAGAAUUAUAAAACUUGGCAAUUAAUAUAAUAGCUAAUAAAGGAACAGACCCUUCAAGAUCACCUGUGAGGAAAUCUACUCAGCCAGAUAAAAUGGCUAUAUAAAUUAAGAAUAUGAAUGUAGAAGAAUUAAAUCAAAUGAAAAUAAAAUAAAAUAAUUUUUAACUUUAGACAUAAGAAAAUGAAGACAAUAAUAUAACUGAGCACUUAUAAACAAAUCCUCCACUAAUUAAUAGAUAUGAUGAUACAAUACCAUAAGGCUCUGUUUAUAAUUAACCUUCGAUAAAUAGGGAUAUAAAUGGACUUUAGUCUCAAUAAGAGUAGUAAUUUAUAUAAGCAAAUCCUUUAAAAAUAGCUUUUGCUAAUAAACUCGUAUUACAAGACUUUCAUGGAAAUAAUUUUGAAGACAUUUUAAAAGAACUUACAAAUAUCUAGAUACCUAUAACUAAUAAAAAUAAUUGCAAUAACGCAUAUUCUUAGAAUGAUUAAAAGAGAAAUAGCAAAAAAUUAAAUACUGAAACAUUAUAAGAUACACUACUUUCUAAGUUGUAUGGUAAUAAUCCUAUAAAAUUAAAUUAAUUAAAUCCAAAUUCUAGCAUUAUCAAUAAUGGAUAACCAAGUUAUGUGUCAGCGUAAAGGAAUAUCUAUAAUUUGCAACACAAUAUAAUUAAUAAAGGAAAUAUGUCGAAUAGAAAGUCUCCAGCAGAUAAUACAAAUGAAAUUCAAGCCAAUUUUGCUGAAGAAUUAGAAACUCAAAAAAAUUAAUAAAUAUUUUAAAGGUCAGAGUUUGUCAAUAAUACUGGUCGAGAAUUCUAGAAUACUCUUCAAAUUAAAUAAAAUCCAGCUGCAGUAAACCACAACUAUAGUAAUAACGGAUUACAAAAUGGUUCUGAAAUAGAUUACAAUAGCAGGGCGAUAGCAAUAUCUGAAAGAGGAGGGAAUCCAAAUCAACCAAAUUUAACUACCCAUCAUGUAAAUUAAUGGAAUAGCAUAAAUAGACUGGGAAAUUAAACAGGAAUAAACUAUGGAAAUGAAAGUAUUCAUAUUCAUAAUGAUUCAGCAAUUUUAAAUUAAUCUAAUAUCUAAUAAGGUCAAUGCCCUAUAUAAAAUUAUUAAAAUAUUUAUUAAACAAUAAUCAACUAAAAUAAUUUAAAUAAUGAUAGUCUAAACAUGUAUAAUUAUAUUCCAAAUAGCAAAAUCAACAAAGUUUGGGAAUAUCUUAAUUGUUAUUUUAAAAGAAGUAGUAAUAUUGCUUUUUCUUCAAAUCAAAGACGUAAUAAUAAUAUUUCUGAUAUACCAAGCAUACCUCAAUAAUAACAGCAGAGUACUUAGCCAUAAGUAGAAGAUAAAAACUAUGAUAUUAAACUUGUUGAGUGCAAGUGGGAAGGAGAAGAAUCAAUUAUGGUUAUAAUGAAUAACAUAAAUGAAAGGCUAAUGAGAGAAAGACUGUUAUAGAUAGAGCAGUAUAAAGAUACUAUGAUUGAUACCAUAAGUCAUAAUUUAAAAACUCCAUUAAAUUGUAUCUUGGCUCCUUUAGAGAGCAUAAAAUUUAUUUUAUAAGAAGAAAAAGAAAAGGAAGAAAUGAUCUAAAAAAAUAACUAAUUAUUGAAAAACAAAAAAGUAAAUUUAGCUAAGAAUAAAAAUGAAGUUAAUUGCUUAGAAAACAAAUAAGAUUUGAACUGUGACUAGAUUGCUUUAUAAAAUAGAGACCAAAUUGAAUUAAAUUCUUUGAUUUUGAAAAAUAAAUAAUACUUGAGUGAAGAAAUUUAAAAACAGGUUUCAAUGGCUAUUAAUAAUUGUCAAUUAUUAUUAUACAUGAUAAAUGAUAUGAUUGAUUAUAGUGAGAUUAUAAAAGGGGAAAAUUAAUUUAAUUUAAACAUAGAUUACUUCAAGCUCAGCUAUAUAAUUAACACAUUAAACAAUUUAUUUUAAGAUUAAAUGUAAAGCAAAAAGAUAGAAUUCAAAAUCACUUCUAAGAUAGACUUAAGUGAAUCUAAACUCCUUCACGACUAAAGAAGAUUAUUACAAAUUCUUGUUAACUUGAUAAGCAAUUCACUUAAGUUCACAUUUAAAGGAAAAAUAGAACUGAUAAUCGAUACGCCUUCAGAUGAAAAUAAUAUAAAUUUAGGUUCUAUGCACAUGUUUUAAAAUAACUAAAUUUCAACUGGGAGAUAUUCUAACUCUCCCUCAAGUAAUAAGAAUAAACAACUAGAUACUAGGUCUCUCUAGAGUAAUUUACUUUUCAAAAACUGUAAAAACCAAGAGAUUAUACAAUCUAAUAAUAAUCUGAUAGAUAAACUUGCUGAUAAGAAAAAACUAUUUAAAAAAGAAAAGCAUAUUAGAUUUACUGUUGUAGAUUCUGGAAUUGGGAUGUCUCAUUAAAAGCUAUAGAAAUUAAAGAGGAUGCUUUUUAAAAAAGAAAUAUUUAACAUACAAAAUAGCUCAGGUCUCGGAUUAACUAUGUGUUAUUCACUUAUAAAAUAAAUAGGUUGCCAACACACACAUUUAGAAAUAUAAUCUGAAGAAAAUAUUGGAACUAAAUUUUCAUUUACAAUACAGUAAUUUUAUAGAAGCUAAUAACAAUUAGCUGUUUUAGGAAACACAAAGAGUAAAUUUUAAUCUGCAAGUCCUUAACAAAAACAAAGCAAUUUUGCUUUAUCAAUUAACACACAAUCACUAAGUGCUAAUACAGGCUUUUAGAAAAUUCAACUAAAUAACUUGGAAAUAAAAGAAGAGUCAGUAUAAACUAAGAUAUCACCUCUUAUUAAAUAAGACUCAAAAAAAUUAAAUUUGUUACCAGAGAGUGUUGGCAGUAAUUAAAUAAUUUUAAAUUCUUAAUAAUUAUUAAAAAAUGGAAAAUCUUCAAACACAGGAUUAUCAAAAAGUCCAACAUAUAAUUUUAGCAAUCUCCACACUAAAACAACUUUAGAAAAUUAAAAUAUGAUUUAAAAAACUUUGAAUACAAUCUCAAAUGAUGAACAUAUACUCGAUAUGAGCACAGAAGAAAUAUAAGGAAUUAAUGAUAUUAAUAAGGUAAAAGUGAAUAAUAAAACUCACUCUACAAAUCUAAACUAAAAGUAAAAUCUGAAUAUUUAAAUAAUUUCACCAUAAAGUACAUAAAAAGAGAUAUUGAAAGAAUACAAAACUACUGUUAGUAAUAUUCAAAAUAAUAAUCCUAAUAGUUCUCCAACAGGAAAUAGCGUUAACUAAGAAAUUAAUAACAAUAUAAACCAUAAGAGUUUAAAUAUACAGAAGCAAAAUAGCCUUGUAGUAAAUAUGAAUUUAUCUACUACUAGUAAAAAUACCAAGUCUUAAAAGAAUUAACUAGGAGUACAGAGCUUAAACUAAUUUUCUAUUGCUUCAUUAGGAGUUAAAUAAGAAGCUUAACAAAAGAGUAGAAUAAAUUUGAAAGAAUCCAAUAGCAACUACUCUAAUAUUAAUCAACGUUAUACUAUGAUAUUUGGCAAAAGUGUAAAAAGUGAUGGUAUAGAAAAUAACUAGAAUGAUUAAGAAGGAAAUUUUGGAAAUGAUUCCAUAGAAGAUAGAGUAAAUAGUAGUAGCUCUAGUGAUCAAGAAAACUAACAGAACUUACAUAACUCUAAUAUAAAAUAAGGUAAAAUGAAUUACUUAAAUGAACGUAUUUCAUAUAACGCUCCCGAUGAAGAUUUUGUAGAUGUAUUAAAUGAAUAGAGUCUUGCUAAUAAAGAAAUUUAAGAAAAUGAAAUAGGUUUAGAAAUCCCCAAAAACUAAGUAGAUGAUCUAGAAAGCAAAUAGUCAAAGUUUACAAAUAUUCAAAGAAAAGCAUUUCUAACUUUUGGUUAAUCAGAUUUUAAUUAAAAACUUGCUUAAAUCAAUUAAGGUUUAGGAUCUAGCUUUACAAUUUAGUAAAAAGAAAGAAGUAAAUAGCAAAUAGUUUAAGAUGAUAAAAGCUAAUUUUAAAAUAGCUAGGAUGGAGAAUUCAGUGAACCUUUAUCAGAAAAUGUAGAUAAAAUAUUAACUGUUAAAUAUAACUUUCAAACAAUAUCCAAACUAAAAGAAUCUACCACUUAAAAUUUUACAUUCGAUCACGUUAUCGAAAAUAAGAAUAUAUCUCAUACUGUUUUGUUAUAAGAAGAUUAAGACAACAACCUUUCUGAUUAAGAACUAAGCAACAGCAACAUACUUCCUCACUUACAUACUGAAUAAAGCAUUUAGUAGACUUUAGAGAUGAUUUUAGAAAGUAAGCAUGUGCUUGUAGUAGAUGAUACUAUUUACAAUAUCAUUUCGUUAAAGAUAUUCUUUAGAAAUGUUUAAAAUCUUAACAUUGAAGAAGCCUAUAAUGGAAGAGACGCAUUAUAAAAAUAUUAAGAAAAUGCAAUUAAUGGAAUCUUUUACGAUUACAUAUUUAUGGAUAUUGAAAUGCCAAUAAUGGAUGGUUUAGAGUGUAUCAAACACAUAAGAGAGUUUGAAACAGCCAAUUCUUUAAAAAAAUCAAUUAUUAUAACAGUGACUGCUUAUGAAAGAGAAUAACAAGAGGUUAUAUUAGCAGGAGCAAAUGCUUUGAUUGCUAAGCCAAUCUAAAAAGAUAAAUUUUUACAAACCCUAAGAAUUCUAUAACUACCUAACUAAUGAACUAAUAUAAAGAUAAAGUUGAAAUUAAUUCAAAUAAAAAUAUUUAUUAUUCAAAAAUAUAACUAGAUAUUUAAUUAUUGAUGAUCAAUAGCAAUUUUGAAAUAAAAAUAAAAAAUAAUUUUCAAGAAAUAUAAAAUAAAAACUAAUAUAAUUUUACAAAUGAAUAGGAGUUUAUAUUUUAAUUAAAUUUUAAUUUUUUAUAUUAUUUUUAAAAAUAUUGUAAAUUUUUAACAUUAUCCUUAAGUAUUGAUGCAAUAUACUAAU